UGGACGUGGACGUGGACGCGGGCGCGGGCGCGCGGGGAGGCGGCGGCGGAGGGCGGCCGUUGCGGGCCGGCCCGCGGGGCUGAGGCCGAGCCGAGCCGGGCCCGCGCCCGCGGGGGGCCCACCAUGCGGCGGCUGCGGCGCCUGGCGCACCUGGCGCUCUUCUGCCCCUUCUCCAAGGGCCUGCAGGGCCGGCUCCCGGGCCUCCGGGUCAAGUACGUCUUCCUGCUGUGGCUGGGCAUCUUUGUGGGCAGCUGGCUGGUGUAUGUGCACUACUCGACCUACGCGGAGCUCUGCCGCGGGCACGUCUGCCAGGUGGUCAUCUGUGACCAGUACCGCAAGGGCAUCAUCUCCGGCUCCAUCUGCCAGGACUUGUGCAACUUGCACAAGGUGGAGUGGAGGGCCUGCCUCUCCUCCGUUCCCGGCCGGCAGGUAUACAGCGGGCUGUGGCAGGGCAAGGAGGUGACCAUCAAGUGUGGCAUCGAGGAGGGCCUCAACUCCAAGGCCAGGUCGGACGCGGCCCCCCGGCAGGAGCUGGUACUGUUUGACAAGCCCACACGGGGCACCUCGAUUAAGGAGUUCCGAGAGAUGACCCUCAGCUUUCUCAAGGCGAACCUGGGGGACCUGCCGUCCCUGCCGGCGCUGGUCGGGCGGGUCCUGCUCAUGGCGGACUUCAACAAGGACAGCAGGGUGUCCCUGGCGGAGGCCAAGUCGGUGUGGGCCCUGCUGCAGCGGAACGAGUUUCUGCUGCUGCUGUCCCUGCAGGAGGACCACGCCUCCAGGCUGCUGGGCUCCUGUGGGGACCUCUACGUCACCGAGGGCGUCCCACACGGCUCCUGGCACGGGGCCGCUCUCCCACCCCUCCUGCGCCCGCUGCUGCCCUCCGCCCUGCACACGGCCCUCCAGCAGUGGCUGGGGCCCGCGUGGCCCUGGAGGGCCAAGAUCGCCAUCGGGCUCCUGGAGUUCGUGGAGGAGCUUUUCCACGGGGCCUACGGGACCUUCUACAUGUGCGAGACCACGCUGGCCAACGUGGGCUACACGGCCAAGUACGACUUCAAGAUGGCGGACCUGCAGCAGGUGGCGCCCGAGGCCGCCGUGCGCCGCUUCCUGCGGGGCCGCCACUGCGAGCACAGCGCGGACUGCACGUACGGCCGGGACUGCAGGGCCCCUUGCGACAAGCUCAUGCGCCAGUGCAAGGGCGACCUCAUCCAGCCCAACCUGGCCAAGGUGUGCGAGCUGCUGCGGGACUACCUGCUGCCCGGCGCCCCCGCCGACCUGCGCGAGGACCUGGGCAAGCAGCUGCGCACCUGCACCACGCUGAGCGGGCUGGCCAGCCAGGUGGAGGUGCACCACUCCCUGGUGCUGAGCCACCUCAAGACCCUGCUCUGGAAGAAGAUCUCCAACACCAAGUACUCCUGAGGGGCGCCCCCCUCCCGCCCACCAGGGGGCGCCCGGGGCCCUAGCGAGCCACUCCUCCCUCUUCGCCCUGCCCCUGCCGGGUGGGCGGCCAGCUCGGCCGAGGAGGCCAGGGCCAGGACCGAGGCGGGGUGGGGCCUGGCCAGGCGGCCGGUCUGCACAGAAGCCCGGGAAGUGGUGUGGAGCCCUUCCCCCACUCCCCGCCUUCCCAGCUCUCCAGACCCCACGACCCGACAGAGGGGCUGUCGAGCUGGACCAGGAGGCUGGGGUGGGGGUGGGGGGGGUAGGACGGGAGUACGUGGAGCCUGACCACCAGGGGCUGAAGGACCCUCCCAAGGUUUUGUUACCUUUAAGGACUCGUGAUGUAAAUAAACAGCUUUUCUGUCAGUG